AUGUCGACACCAAAUGUUUGGAACUUUGGAGCAGGUCCCGCAAAAAUCCCAACCCCAGUAUUACAACGUGCUCAAGCUGAAUUAUUAAAUUACAAUAACACUGGAAUGUCAAUUAUGGAACUUUCUCACCGUUCCAAGGAAUUCGAUAACCUUAAUAAUAAAACUCAACGUGAUUUACGUACCUUACUCAACAUUCCCAAUAAUUAUAAAAUCUUAUUCAUGCAAGGUGGUGGUUGUACACAAUUUUCUGCGGUAGUUUAUAAUUUAUUAUCUGCAAAAAGACAACAAUUAGAUGAAGACCUCAAGGAAGAAUUUAACCCACCCUUGGAUUACUUAAUCACAGGCUCAUGGUCAUCUAAAGCAGCUGAAGAGGCCAAAAAAUUAUACAAUAACGUCAACAUAGUUUUUGAUGUUAAAAAACUUACAGGAUCAUAUGGAUCAAUUCCACCAAAAGAAGAAUGGAAACUUAGUGGUUCAAAAGCAGCAUAUGUUUAUUAUUGUGAUAAUGAAACAGUUCACGGAGUAGAAUUUAAUAAUAUACCAGAAAUUGAUCCUUCUGUACCGUUAGUUUGUGAUAUGUCUUCAAAUAUACUUUCACGUCGUUUUGAUGUAUCAAAAUUUGGAGUUAUUUUUGCGGGAGCACAAAAGAAUAUUGGGGCAGCUGGUUUAACAGUUGUAAUAGUUCGUGAAGAUUUAUUAACAAAAUCCAAAAAUUUGGAUAACAAAAAUUCUGGUAUUCCUGUAAUUCCCACGAUGUUAGAUUAUAAAAUAAUGGCAGAUCAUAAUUCACUUUAUAAUACCCCUCCAAUGUUCUCAAUAUAUAUUUCAAGUUUAGUAUUUGAAUGGUUACUAGAAUUGGGAGGUAUCGAAGCGAUUGAAACAACUAAUUCACUUAAGGCAGAAAAACUUUAUAACACAAUUGACAAUUCGGAAAUUUAUAUAUCUCCCGUUGAAAAAAGUGUAAGAUCAAGGAUGAAUGUAUCUUUCAGAAUUAAACGAGAAGAAUUAGAGAGUGAAUUCUUAAAAGGUGCUAUCGAUUUAGGAAUGCUACAAUUAAAAGGACAUCGAAGUGUCGGAGGAAUGAGAGCUAGUAUUUACAAUGCUAUGACUUUGGAGGGUGUUAAUGUUUUAGUCGAUUAUAUGAUAAAAUUUGAGAAAAAGCAUUGCAAAUAA